AGGCAAAGAAACACAAGAAAUUCAAAGUUUUGAGUUUUUUUGGUUUUGUUGGGGUUUUAACUUCACUUUUAUAAUGCUUCUUCUUUGACACUUGUACGGUGUGUGUACAUCUCGUUUUCGUUCUUUAGGAAGCACGCAAGUGACGAGAUUUUAAUUAACAAACCCAAAACUAUUGUCUUUUACUCUCUUUGGGGCAAAAAGUUUAGUUUUUUUCUAAGCUUGAGCUCAUCGUAAUCAAUGGAGGUCAACAAUGAAACAAUGCAAAAGUCAAAGUUUGGAAGAAUCUGUGUGUUCUGUGGAAGCAGCCAAGGCAAGAAGAGUAGCUACCAAGAUGCUGCUGUGGAUCUUGGCAACGAAUUGGUUUCAAGGAACAUUGAUCUAGUCUAUGGAGGUGGAAGCAUCGGUUUGAUGGGUUUGGUUUCACAAGCUGUUCAUGAUGGUGGUCGCCAUGUUAUUGGAGUUAUUCCCAAGACACUCAUGCCUAGAGAGUUGACCGGUGAAACAGUAGGAGAAGUAAGAGCUGUUGCAGAUAUGCAUCAAAGAAAAGCAGAGAUGGCUAGACACUCUGAUGCUUUUAUUGCCUUACCAGGUGGAUAUGGAACACUUGAAGAAUUGUUGGAGGUCAUAACAUGGGCCCAGCUUGGGAUACAUGACAAACCGGUGGGUUUGCUCAAUGUUGAUGGAUAUUACAACUCUUUGCUCUCUUUCAUUGAUAAAGCUGUUGAAGAAGGAUUCAUCAGUCCAAACGCGCGCCAGAUAAUAAUUUCUGCACCAACCGCUAAGGAGCUUGUGAAGAAGCUUGAGGAAUAUUCUCCUUGCCAUGAAAGUGUUGCUUCUAAGCUUUGCUGGGAGAUCGAGCGAAUUGGCUACUCUUCUGAAGACUGAUAUUAAUCAGGAUAUUCCAAGAUGGAUCUUACUUAAGGAACGAAACAGAUUUUUAAGAUCUUAACUUUUGAUUAGGAGGGUAAACUAAAAAUUUCCAAUGAGGGAGGAAAUUCUUUUGUGUAAAUUA